CAGCAUGUUAGCGGUACAUCUAGUAUGUUACGUAUCUAUAGCUGUAAAUCGAGAGUGUUGCUGUCCGCGCCACGCCUGUCGAAAUUGAUUUUAUUUUCAAAAUAAAGAACGGGGCAACGAAGUCAACUAAUCUUUUCUAGGUGCGAUACUGAAGACACGAUGAGUGUGGAAGUGGAGAGAAAAUUUGUGUGUGACCCAGACAUCAAGAACAAAUUAAGAGAUAUUGGAGCUGUAUGUGUUGGCCAGUGCCGAUUUCAAGAUCAGUAUUUUGACUCUCCAGACUUCAGUCUAACACUGAACGAUGUGUGGCUGCGUUGUCGCCAAGGAUGCUGGGAACUCAAAUGUCCUGCAAUGGAGAAGAUGCAAGGAUGGGAGGAGGAUCAGGCAGAAAGAUUGUGCACUAGAUACAGAGAGAUAACCAUUCUGCCUGAGAUUAUAGCAAAAGUGAGAGAGGUUAUGAAAGAGAAAUGUGAAGAACAAAAUGGGCUGAUCAAUCCAUUGGCUGAGAAAGAAUACAAAGAAAGCGACAAACAAGGUCCAAAAGAGGAAAAAGGAAGGCCAGAGACCAGCAGGGAAAUUGACCAGAAAAACCCAGUUACCAGUCUUGACAAAAAACCCUUAAACCCACGAGCCGAUGUUGAAAAGUGCAUAGCAGCAGGGAUUGAACAUUCCAACCAGUGCUGUGCAGAAAGUAGCAGUGACCUAUCCUGGUUGAGGGAAAUGAACCUGGCACCCUUUGCUAAGUUCACUACUGAGCGAUGCUCUUUCUCUCUUACUGAGGAGGGUGAAGAGGGUGGGAUUCAUGUGGAUCUUGACCAGGCUGACUUUGGGUAUUGUGUUGGAGAGAUAGAGGUUCUGGUCCCAGAUGGAAAAGAGGUCCAGUCUGCACUGCACAAAAUACAGAGGACUGCUGAAAGGCUGGGUCUGGCUGGCGAUCAGAGGGUGAAAGGAAAAAUGGAUGUUUAUUUGCAGAUGUAUUGCCCAGAGCACUAUUCAAAGUUGCUAAGGGCUCAUGUACUGUAAGAGACUAGAAUGUGUCAGCAUUUUAAUUCCCUAUACAAUAUAGAUUGAAAAAAGGAAAUUUAUUUAUUUCAAACAGAUACUUAAAUUGGAUAUUUCUCUUCUUAAAACACCUAUUUAUUGUCAGUAAUAAUCCAUACAUCAUACUGUCAAAACAGUGUAAUUAUUAUUAAUAAUUAUUAAGAAAAGUAUAUAUAUCAUAUCAGAUUAACCAUGUACAGUGACAUUACUCAGAACAUUUAUUCUGAUAGUGUUCUCUUUUUGUAAUCCUGUGCAAGGUUUUUCCUGCAUUGAAAUGUCUUAGGCGGGCUCCCAAGCCAGCUAAGCCACCUACACUCUCAGAAAAAAAAGUGGUUAUAAAGGUAUUAACACUUGCCGUUGGGGUGGUACCCUAUUAGAACAUAAAAUUGUUCCCAUAGCCAGUAAUGCAUAAUCAAUUUCUACCAUUUUUCCUUGUGAAAGGUACUCAUCAGUACCCAAAUAGAACAGUAUUGUACUUUCAGGGUACAUUUAGGAAAUUUGUUCCUUAAAUGACAAAAAAGUACCUCCCCUUUGCCUUUAUUUUGGUUAACAAUAAUAAACAUUAUGUCCAAACAUUUCAUAAAUUGGGCCACAGGUAUGUCUCCACCCUGUGACCUGUACAGAUUUUAAACUUGUAUUUCAAUGGCUAUCUUCCAAGAGUCCCCAUAGGCACUUUAACUGCACAGUCAAGUGACUAAUCAUACAAUUGAGUUUCUAAUUGACCCAUUUAUAUAAACGAUUAGUUGAUCUAAUAUGGGGAGAGUCAGGGUGUAAAGUGAACAUGGACCUUUAAAUGUCCUGAAAAGCAUGUCUUUGAGCCAGUGGUCUUCCCUCUUGGUCCUGGUCCUUGUUUGAGAAGUGGCUUGAAAAAGAGGCUAUCAUGACCUCUAGCUGGUGGAGGACUGAAGUAACAUGGCCCUACUUAUGAAACAUCGGUUUGCCUAAAAAUUAACAUUUUACAUGAAUAUAUGGUUGUAAUAUUGCAUUCAAUUGAUGUUUUCUGGAAUUAGCAUAACACUAAUUUAAAAAUUAAAUUGCAUAUGCAGUGACUUGCAGAGUGGAUUCAUAAAUAGUUAACACAGCCAGCCAAAAUUUUUUUCAGGAGUUAUUUUUCCCCACUUAGUUUUAUCUGAGUCACUUUAGGGACCUUUAAAUCAUCAUGGUCUAUAUUUACAGUGCAGAUGGUUUCACAGACACUGAUUAAGCAUAGUCCUGGACUGAAUUGCUAUUUUUCUAUGGAGAAUCUCCAUUCAAAAUAGAAUUCAGCCUAGGACUAGGCUUAAUCUGUGUCUCUGAAGCUAGUGGAGUGACCUCCCCACAUCAGCCAGAACAGCACAAACAAUUCCCGCCUCUUGUCACAGAUGGAAGAGUCAUCAAAUCAUACCUUGGCUUCUCACCCCUCCCCCAAACCCCUUCUAGUUCUUCUGCCAACAGCUAGACUACUGCAGCUGUGAUUAAUUACCAUCGAUUGCACUCCUAAUUUGUUACAUUGUUUAUUGAUAUUCUUUCGCAUUGCAGUCUUAUUUUGCUUGCUGUGUUUUCUUAUUGGUUAGUCCUCUAUUUUCCCUAACAGGCUUUACUAGUUUACAGUUGGGGCCUAGGUUUCCGCAUUUGUCACUCUGGACAUGAAUGUCUGCCUGAAAUGUAAUCUGGAGCCAGCAAACACAGUAUAAAUAAAUAAAAUAAAGCUGGGAUAAUGCAUACAAGGAGACACCUCGUCAACCCAUAGACUGACUACUUCUCCCAGCACACCUGCCAGUUAGAGGGAUUAACUGCAGGACAACCAUUUAAUAGCUCUGUAUCAUGGUAAUCUUCUAACUGAAAUCCUGACAGGCUUAUGCAUUUCCAAAAUAUUGACAUAAAACUUAAUAGCCUGGAAGCCAAUACUGUAGGUAGAAAUUGUGUAAAUAUGUGAUGCACCUGACUGAGUUCAGAAUUGACUAAUAUGACUACAUAUUGGCCACAUAUGGUAUGUUGCCAUAUAAAUCAUAGCCAGCUCAGUAGAGUUAUGAAGGCAAAAAAUACUAAUUUGAAUGUUUGUGUUUGCUAAUAUGGAUAUUUAUUAGCAAACCUAAUGAUGUAUUAUUUUCUGGCAAAAGUAGAGUAGUUUAGUAAAAAAAAAGUUUAGUAAAAUAGCUUUUAGUCAAUCUUAUGUGGAUAAUUUAAUGAAUCUGACUGUACAAAGGGAGGGGUGUAAUUUAAAAGUAGCUGCUUUAGUGCCCACUAGAUGUCCUUGUUUCUUCCUUGUUCUAAUUAAGGUUACAACAACCACAAUAGUGCAACAACCACUAUAAUAAAAGGUAGUAUCGGUUUUGACUGUUUUAUCCUUUUCAUAAAGGAAUAAAACUCACAUAUUGCCCCACUCAGGGGAUGUGAGGGUUCAGCCAAUUAGGGCUCUGCGUUUCAUCACAAUCUAACGACACCCACUGGUCGAUUGGGCGUCAUUGGACUGCAGGUUACAGCCGCAUGAUGGUCUUCCUCCGACUCCACUCUAUGUGAGCUUAACUGUAGUCUGCCACAUGAAGAAGAAGCAGCUGAUGACACCAUUUGAUGUCUACACUCUUCUGAGCUGGCAAUGGGGUUAGCCAUGAAUCCUGCUGCUGUUGCAAAUAACUAAUUUAACAUUCCACAUUUGGGUGAGAGUUAGAUUUGUAGGCUACAGCUCCACUUAGGGUGCCAAAUUUAUAGAAGGAAAAUUUUUUUAUUAACAAAUUACCCAAUACACCACCACAGGAAUAUGGUGCUUCCUAGCACCUGAUCUGUGGCACACCACCAUUCUAGUGGCAUAUAAGAGGGGCAACAGUGGUUAGCAUUGUUAACCUUUGUAAGAGGUGCAGUGGUGCAGGAAAAAGAAAAGCUUAUGAAAUAAAAAUUAAACUUAAACUUUUUUGAUCUUGGAACCAAUAUGAAAUUUGAACAGGUGGCAUAAAUGUGGUAAGCAAUGGUGGAUGUUGCAUGGUUUGAACUUUUCUGUAAAUAUUGUUAAAAAUUGUACUUUAUAUGAAAUACAAGUGGUCU